AGCAAGCCCGCUGCGGGACACUUUUUGCACCUCCACCGCCCUUCUCCCCUCGCUGACUUCCCCCGGAGUGCGAGCACUUUUGUCCGGCUUCGCAGCGCCGCUCUUCCCCGCCGCUAUGGAUCGUCACGCGGCCAGGACCAGACAACACACGCCGCAUCAAAAGUUCUGAUCGUCCACAACAACUGGAUCGUUGCAGAGAAGAUUUUAGGGCAUUUUUUGAUUUUUUUUUUUUUUUUUUUCGUUUUUUGGAGUUUGUCUGCAAGCUGGUUGCUACAUGUGAGCACUAACAAUUUGCUGGUUGCUACAUGUGAGCACUGACAUUUUGCUGGUUGCUACAUGUGAGCAGUGCCAUGUUCUCUCUCAUGGGGUGACCCACAUCGCGCUCCUGAGAUGUGACCGUGGGAAUGGCCUCUUCCUGCACCUUCCUCCAGGGCGGCGUCCACGCUCGCAAAUGAAUCUUUGCCGCGAAGCCGCCGUGAUCCGCCAGCCCGUCGCCAUGAGGAGCAAAUACUCGCAGUACUACAACCGGACUCUGAUCCCGUACUACUACGAGCUGGCCAAGAACAUGACCAUGGAGCAGCUGGACAAGCGCAACAAGGACAAGAAGGGUCUGAGCGACCCCAGCAUCAUCAUCGUGGUCCUGUGCGUGGUCAUCAUCCUGGAGAACCUGCUGGUGCUCGUCGCCGUGUGCCGCAACAAGAAGUUCCACUCCGCCAUGUUCUUCUUCAUCGGCAACCUGGCCUUCUCCGACCUCCUGGCGGGCUCGGCGUACAUCGCCAACAUCUUCCUCUCGGGCUCCAGGACCUUCGACCUGGUGCCGGUGCAGUGGUUCAUCCGGGAGGGCACGGCGUUCAUCGCCCUGGCGGCGUCCGUCUUCAGCCUGCUGGCCAUCGCCAUCGAGCGCUACAUCGCCAUCACCAAGGUGAAGGUGUACGGCUCCACCAAGACGUGCCGCAUGUUCCUGCUCAUCGGCGCCUGCUGGGCCACGUCCAUCCUGCUCGGGGGGCUGCCCAUCAUGGGCUGGAACUGCAUCGACAACCUCCCCGAGUGCUCCGCCGUGCUGCCGCUCUACUCCAAGAAGUACAUCCUCUUCGUGGUGACCAUCUUCAGCCUCAUCCUGCUCUCCAUCGUCAUCCUCUACGUGAAGAUCUACCUGAUCGUGCGCUCCAGCCACCAGGAGGCCACCAACUCCCCCGCCUACGCCCUCCUGAAGACCGUCACCAUCGUGCUGGGCGUCUUCAUCAUGUGCUGGCUGCCCGCCUUCACCAUCCUCCUCCUGGGCUCCUUCUGCCGGAUACAGCUGUGCCCCAUCCUCUCCAAGGCCGACAUCUUCUUCGGCUUCGCCACGCUCAACUCGGCGCUCAACCCGGUCAUCUACACGCUGCGCAGCAAGGACAUGAGGAAGGAGUUCCUGCGCGUGCUCUGCUGCUGGGGGGUGCUGCAGAGCGGGCGGCCCGCCGACCGGUGCCUGGUGCCGCUUAAGAGCUCCAGCUCUCUGGAGCACAAACACGAACACCAGACCACGCCCAUCAUGCAGGACUGUACCACCUGCGUGUGACGGGUACCGGACCACGCCCCUUAAUGCAGGAUUGUACCACCUGCGUCUGGCGGGUACCGGA